GAUCGAGCCCGCACAGAAAUUAAGGAUGAUGUAUAUGUAUGGCGGAGACAACCAGGUCCUGAAUGAGACCCAGAGACUCGGAAGAGUAGACACCACCAUCGCCGCCGUGUAUGGAAUCACCGCCGCCUUGACUAAAAGGAAGGUGGAGAUGAUUCCGGCGAACAUAAGGAGGAGCUCAAUCGUCCAUAUCGCAAUCUGCACUCUGCUUUUGGGCAUUGAACUUCCCCGUAAUAGAUUUUCCAUGAAUAUUUGA